UAUGUGUGUGUGUGUGUGUGUGUGUGUGUCUGUGUCUGAGCCUGUGAGGUAAAACGAUGCCGACCUGAAGGCUCAGACUGAUCCUCAUCGCCCUGAGUCUCCAUGUUAGGUUAGCUUUACACUCAGCCGGCUGCUUUAUUCAUUCUUAAACUUCAGACUUUUUAUCCUCGUUGUUUGUUGACAUGUUGUGAUGUUAUAGCGUUAUUGUCUGUGAUUCCUAUUCCUUUAAAUUUGCCAACACCUCGUAAUGUCUAGUGUGUAUGAGUGUGUGUUUUGUGACAUGAACAUUGUCACUGAUGUGUUUUGUUCUUCAGAACAUUUGUCGGAGCGGAGCAGUGGGCAGAAAACCCGGAGGAGCCCCCUGCAGAGCCUGUAUGAGGGGGAACAGGGGGAAUCUGCUGUGUCGGCCGUCCAUCAGGGUCGCCGGGAGCUGCUGGAGGAGGCCUGCCGCUCCUACACCCGCAAACGCAGAGUCCUCGUCCCCGAAGACCUGAAGCACAUUAUUGUGGACGACCAGCACGGCCUGCUGUACUGCUACGUGCCCAAAGUAGCCUGCACCAACUGGAAGAGGGUGCUCAUGGUUCUGACAGGAGUCUCGGGUGACCACAAAGACCCACUAGCCAUCCCCGCCAAUGAGGCCCACGUCCCGGGAAACCUCCGGACCCUGUCUGAGUACUCCACCCCCCAGAUCAACCAGCGCCUGCGCUCCUACCUGAAGUUCAUUUUUGUGCGUGAGCCAUUCGAGCGGCUGGUCUCUGCGUACCGCAACAAAUUCACGCGGAGCUACAAUACAGCUUUCCACAAACGAUACGGCACAAAGAUCGUCCGCCGGCACAGGCCAGACCCUCGGCCGGAAGCCCUGGAGAAAGGGGACGACGUCUCCUUUGAGGAGUUUGUGUAUUACCUCGUGGACCCCGCAACCCAGCGGGAAGAGCCCUUCAACGAACACUGGGAGCGGGUGCACUCGCUGUGCCACCCCUGCCUCAUCCACUACGACGUGGUGGGGAAGUACGAGACGCUGGAGCAGGACUCCCGCUACGUGCUGCAGCUGGCCGGGGCGGACCAGCAGGUCCGCUUCCCCGCCUCGUCCAAAAGCACCAGGACUACCGGCGAUAUGGCAGCCGACUUCUUCCAGAACAUCAGCCCCUUCUACCAGAAAAAGCUCUACAAUCUGUAUCGCAUGGACUUCCUGCUCUUCAACUACUCGGUUCCAGCCUACCUCAAGUUCAGAUGAGGCCGGGACGUCUUUCAGACACAAACUUAUGGACCUGCUUCUCUUUCUGCUUUUAAUGAAAAAAACAUGAAGUUUUCAUAUCUGAGCAGGUGAGAAAAACAAAAGCUGGUGAGGACAUUCCAUGAGGAGAUAGGAGUUUCUGCCUCACGAGGCAAAUGAGAUUUUAUGGAAGACGUGGAGUUAACUGUUAGUCACUGGCUCUGAAUGUGUGAAAUGCUGUUCAAGUUUAGGCUUUCUGCUGUUUCAAAGGUGAAUUUGCACAACAGGUGAUCUCUCUAGAGCAGUGGUGUCCACUUUUUGACAUGUGGGCCAAAAUUAUAAAUCGGAAAGUAUCCAUUUGCCACACAGACAAAAUUUUUAAAAUAAAAUUCUAAAUGGAAUGUGUCGAUGACAGAAGCAAACUGGUCUGAAAAUGGAUCUCUAAUUUCUGUAAUACUGGAAUUAUACUCACUUUUGCCACCCAUUUGUUUGCAAAAGUUUGCUGUGUUUGGACAGCGCUGCUCUAGAAUGAAUCGUAUCCAGAUCGUGUGUGGACAGUGAAUGUCUCCAGACAUGUGCCUUGGAUCGUGGGCCUUCAUUUUGUACCUUGGCAACAAAGACAGCUUUUCUAACUGUGACUGUUGUUGUGGUUUUUUUACUGUAGGAAAAAAAAAUUGUGUAACUAUUAUUUUAAUUUAUUAUUUCUAGCUCUAAAAAAAGCCAAACCAAACUAGAUAUAUGUUCUUCCAUGUCUUUCAAAUAAAUGCAUUUUCACCA